CUCGGGCCUCCAAGGGAGGUGACAUAGGCAGACUCUGGAGCGGUUCUUAAACCCCCUGGAUUUCCUGUACGUGAUUCUACAUAAUUCACCUGCCAGAGAUUCGCGAUUUCGAUUUCUACAUCCUGCCGGUACUGUAUUAUACCUUCCACCAUGAAGACCUUCUCACUCACCAGCUUUCUCCUCUUCAUCCCCCUUUUGGCAUCGGCCUCUCCCACGGGUCAGGGACAGUUGCAGACUCGAGGUUCGACGCAAAUCACUAGCGAGCAGAUCCAGAUAAUUGCCCCUACCUCUAACACCUGCGCCAACCCUCCGGCCGUCGGGGAGUGCGCGACCUCAGACUCCGCCGCCUCCAGCAUCUCCAAAUCCUUCCAGACCUAUGGAGUCACCAACAAAGCUGAGCAGGCCGCCGUGAUCGGCCUGAUGGCGUUCGAGAGUGGAGAUUUCAAAUAUAACAAGAAUCAUUUCCCGGGCGUUGCGGGACAAGGCACGCGCAACAUGCAAUCCCCCACCUUCAAUGCCAAGUACGCGGCAUCCAUCCCCGCGCUGGCUGACUCGCUCAAGACCGUCAACGGCGACCCGGCUGGCACCUUAGAUCUGCUGCGCGCGGUGCCGGAUUAUGACUUUGGGUCUGGGGCAUGGUUCCUCACCACACAGUGCAAUGCAAGUGUGCGCAGUCAGUUGCAGCAGGGCAGCCAGGCGGGCUGGGAGGCGUUUAUCACCAGCUGUGUGGGGACGGCUGCUAAUGAUGACCGCAAGGCGUAUUGGAACCGCGCGGUGCAGGCUCUGGGGCAAUGAGGUGGUAGUUUUUGUGAGUGAGGAAGGGGGAUGGGAUAGUGGUAUGGGCUGUGUCUCUUUUAUGUCCUCGAUUGAAGUGUUUCAGGUUGUUGCUUAUCUCACAUCGUUGACUGGGUUCGUUGUUUGUUUGUGGAAGGAUGAAUUCCCCGCGUGUAUGAGGUUAUAUAACCCUUUUCAGCUACCAUGAUAGGGCGGACAUUGGAUGGGGAGGGGUGCCUCUUACCCUUGAGUCGUUAGAUAGAUGCAAGACUACAAGCCAACCUGCAAACAUGCUAAGUGCAGAAACAGCCCAUUUGUACUAGAGUCACA